GUUAGAACAAACCGUAAACGCGUAACUUUUAUUUCUAAAAAAUUUACAAAACACUGGUAAUUGAUGUGUGUUCUCUAGUUUUUCAUUGAUAACCUCGUAAUUAAUAAAUUGCCUUCACAUUGAUUUGAGAUUGUAACAAAACUCAAACAUGGAGACAAACAGACAUCACUCAAUGGAUGAUUUCAUUAAAAUAGAAAAGAUCGGUGAAGGUACUUACGGGGUUGUGUACAAAGGUAAAAACAAAAUAACAGGACAGUAUGUGGCUAUGAAGAAAAUAAAAUUAGAAUCGGAAGACGAAGGUGUACCUUCUACAGCUAUAAGAGAAAUUUCUUUGCUCAAACAAUUGAACCACCCAAAUAUUGUGAAAUUAGAAGUUGUUCUCAUGGAGAUGAAUAAGUUGUAUUUAAUUUUUGAAUUUCUUUCCAUGGACCUCAAAAAAUACAUGGAUUCAUUGGGAUCAGGCAAAUUCAUGGACCCAGGGACCGUGAAGAGCUACUUAUACCAGAUAAACAGUGCUAUCCUGUUCUGCCAUAAACGUCGCAUCCUGCAUCGUGAUCUCAAGCCACAAAACUUGCUCAUUGACAAGACUGGUAUUAUUAAGGUAGCAGACUUUGGUCUGGGGCGUACAUUCGGCUUGCCGGUGCAAGUGUACACGCACAAAGUAGUCACGCUGUGGUACAGCGCUCCCGAAGUGCUGCUCGGGGUACAGAAAUAUUCCUGUCCCAUUGACAUGUGGUCCAUUGGGUGUAUCUUCUCGGAGAUGUCCUCCAAGAAACCACUGUUCCCGGGUGACUCGGAGAUUGAUCAACUCCACCGUAUUUUCAGAAUGCUAAGGACUCCGACAGAAAAAAUUUGGCCGGGAGUUUCAUCUCUGCCUGAUUACAAGUCCACUUUCCCCAACUGGACAACAUUCAAACUUCAUAAUCAUGUACAAAACCUUGACAAAGUGGGCAUGGAUCUGCUCCAAAAGAUGCUCGUCUACAACCCGUGCAGGCGCAUCACAGCGCGAGACGCGAAGCGACACCGCUACUUCAGAGACGUGACUCUGCCCCCCGGCCUCACGGUGAACGAGGCUUAUGUGAAGCAAGCGGGCGCUGAACCAUUGGCCACUGUGUGAUGUAGUGUUAAAGUGAAGUGUAGUGCCUGUGUGAUGUGACCAGUAUGCUAGAGUACAGUUGGGGACUGUGAAGAAUUUAUUAUGUUUUUCUGGUGUGAAUGAAUUGGCUGCAU